GGGAAAGAGAAAGAGAGUGAGGGAGAGAAGAAUUGCGAGAAAAACUGAUAGAGAUAAAGUGAUGGGAAGGAUGUGAUAGAUGAAAAGAAAGAGAGAGAGAGAGAGUGGUGGGAAAACGAGGUUAGUAAGAGAGGAGAGAAAGAUAGAAAAAUGAUAGAAAGAGUGAGAGAGAAAGAAAGGGGAAAGGCAGAGCUAAAGUUUGAGAGAGAGGAGAGGUAGAUAGAAAGAAAGAUGAAGGGUGAUAGAGAGAGAUACAAAGAGAUAUCUAGAAGAGAGAGAAAGAGAGUGGGGGAGAACGAUAGAAAGACAGAGAGUGCGAGAAAGUUAGCGAAAAAGGUAGAGCUAAAAUGUGAAAUAGGGAGAGAUAGAAAGAAGAGAAAAAGAUGAUAGAAAGAAAAAGAGAGAAAGAGAACGAGAAGGAUAGCGAGAAUGAUAGCGAUUGAAAGAAAGAAGGAAAGCAAGAAGGUGAAAUAGAGGAAGCGAAGAAGAGUGAUAGAGCGAGAGAGAGUCUUCCCUCGUGUGUGAAUCCCCCCCCCCCUCGCUUUCUCUCCUACUAUCGGUGUUAACCUUGGGGAAAGAUGAACUAUGAAGAGGAGUCCAUUUGUGUCCUGUUUAUGGGUCACAGUUCUUAUACUUGUGGGCGCCGUACUGGAUAGCUUGCAGACUCUGAGUGGAGGGCUUGGUAGCCUAGACGAGGUGCGGUUGGUUAGUGAUCUGUUUGACAAAAAUGGCUACAACCCAUUGAUUCGGCCAGUUAGACAUGUAAACGAGACUAUUGUUAUCAGUUUUAGUCUUGCGUUGAGUCAGCUCAUUACCGUGGAUGAGAAAAAUCAAGUUAUGAAAACUAAUGUUUGGCUCCAGAUGUACUGGUCGGAUUAUCAGCUACAAUGGGAUUCAAAAGAUUAUGGUGACAUUUCCAGUAUCCGUAUCAGGCCUGAGCUUAUAUGGACACCAGAUGUGGUACUGUUUAAUAAUGCUGAUGGCAACUAUGAAGUUUCAUACAAACCAAAUGCUGUAAUUGUAAAAGACAGCAAUGUAACUUGGAUUCCUCCCGCUAUUUACCAAAGUUCUUGCACAAUAGAUGUAGAAUAUUUUCCAUUUGAUCAGCAAAGCUGUGAGAUGAAGUUUGGUUCAUGGACGUUCAAUGGAGACCAGUUGACAUUUAUAUGGAAGCAGGGUGACAAACUGGAUUUUACGGAUUACCUCGCCAGCGGUACCUGGGAUAUUGUUGACUGCCCUGGUGAAGUGAGGACUAUCACUGAGAAGGAGACUGGUGUGAAAAAGACCUUAGUUGUGUUCACUUUGGUUCUUCGCCGAAAGACAUUGUUCUAUACUGUCAACUUGAUCAUACCCUGCGUUCUUAUAUCUUUUGUGAGUGUAUGUGUGUUUGCACUUCCUGCAGACGCUGGAGAAAAGAUGACACUUUGUAUAUCCAUUUUACUGGCCCUGGUUGUAUUUUUACUGCUGGUUUCCAAAAUUUUACCCCCUUCUCUGACUAUUCCUCUUAUUGCCAAGUAUCUCCUUUUCACUUUCAUCAUGAAUAUUUUUGCCAUCGUUCUAACCGUUAUCAUUAUAAACAGAAAUUACCGCACACCACGCACGCACAAAAUGCCAACCUGGAUACGUGUUGUCUUUCUUUAUUAUCUUCCAAAAAUUUUAUUCAUGGAACGGCCAGACCACGAUGAGCGCUGGCAAAAUAAAAAGAAGAGUCAACCUCAGGUGGAAGAGGUGACCGUUCCUGAGCAGCCUCGACAUUACUCUGCUGCAGCAGCAAGACGUGCAGAUUUACUGGAGUUGCACGAAAUUCAUCACCCAAACUGCAAGCUCAACUCCAAAUCUACCUCCACAGAUUAUAUCCGGAGAGAGCCUGAUAAUGUUGAACAAUUUUCGAUGACACCACACAUUAUACGUGCAUCAGAGGCUGUUAAGUUUAUUACACAGCAUUUAAAAAAUGAAGAUGAGUAUGAAUCUGUAUUAGAUGACUGGAAGUACAUUGCCAUGGUCUUGGAUCGUCUGCUAUUAUAUAUCUUUUUAGCAGUGACAUUUGGUGGAACUGUUGGCAUUCUAAUGAAUGCUCCACACAUAUUUGAGUAUGUUGAUCAAGACGCCAUCAUCAAAGCGAUCAUGAAAGAAAAUGCAAUGAACACUCCUGCAUGAAGAAGACAAAAAACAAAGCAGUGUGGAAUAAAAAAUAAAAAACCAAGAAAUGCGCAGAGAGAGAGAGGAAAAAAGAAUUUCAAAAAAGAUGAGGAAAACAGAAAAACAGAACAGGAAAAACCAAAAAGAAUAAUAUAUAAAUAAAAAAGGAAAGAAAUUUAUAAGUAGAAGAAAAGUCUGUUAAGGAUUGGUGAAGAGUGUUGAUGAUGAUGAUGCUAGAUAUAAUACAAGCAAAAACAAUAAC